CGCCCUGUCUUUCUACAUGUCGCAUGCAACGAAAAAAGCCAAAGCGCUAAAGUCGCUCAAAACGGCUAUUCCCCAACUCUUCCAGGAGAGUCAAAAACCUAAUGCUAACGGUCGAAGUUGUGCCGUUGAUUUGAGAAAAAUUCAAGAAGCAUGCGCACUGAAUUCUCCCAUUGUCGAGCAUCAGCAGCACGACAUCGAUCCCGAAGGCGAACUGCAAUUUAAUCUCGAAGUCAUCCGAAAUCUCAAUAAGAUACUUCCAGUGAAGAAAAAGGAGCCUACUGUCGACAGGGUCAUACGCUUCAUUGCAGCAUUUAUGCAGUAUACUCAGAGCCUAGACGUAAAGGAAACAGACGAUAUGCAAGAUGAUAAUGAAGAAGUGAUCGAAACCGUUUCCUCUCGGUUCGUUGAAUUCUUAUUAACUCACUUGUUGAAAGGCAUCACUGUGAAGGACAAGGCAGUACGCUUGCGCUGUUGUCAGAUUAUAGCCCUCAGCAUCAACUCACUUGGAGAAAUUGACGAGGACCUUUAUCAAAAGUUGAAAAAGUCACUGUUCGAACGCGUACGAGAUAAGGAAUACUCUGUCCGAAUACAGGCUGUCACAGCUCUAUCGAGAUUGCAAAAUGCGGAUGAUGAAGAAGAUGAAGUGGAUGGUCGAACUGUCAGUGAGAAACUUAUCGACAUAAUGCAACAUGAUCCAAGCGCGGAAGUACGAAGAGUGGUAUUGUUCAAUUUGGACCAAACAAAACGCUCGAUUCCAUAUAUCAUAGAAAGAGCUCGAGACAUCGAUCCCAUCAACCGACGUUUUGUAUUCAUCAAACCAAUGUCGGAAAUACCAGACUUUCGUAUGUUAUCUAUCAGUCAGCGGCAUCAACUCCUGGACGCUGGCUUAAAGGACAGAGAUGCGCUGGUCCUCAAAGCUGUUUCCAAAAUGAUAUCAAAUCACUGGAUAAAACAUGCAGAUCACAAUUUGUUGGAGUUCCUUGAGCGACUUGACGUGGUAGACAAUCCUUCUGCCCAUGGUGCAUUGGAAGCUUUCUUCGAUGCUCGACCAGAUAUCAUAGAGUCUAUCAAUUUUAAUGAUGAAUUUUGGGAUAACUUAUCGAUUGAAUCCGCAUUUCUCGCAAGAGUAUUCACAAAAUACCUUCAGAAAAAAGAGCUACAUGAAAAACUGGAUGUUGUUCUCCCAGAAGUGACUCGUCACGCCUUUUACAUACAAAAAUAUAACAACGCCUGGCAGCAAGCGAGUCGGGAGACAGAAGGGGUGUACGAAUAUAUAGUGGCUCAACUUUUGGAUAUAGCGAAAAUAUUAGACUAUGCUGAUGAAAUCGGACGGCGGAAAAUGUUCAUGCUUCUGCGCGAAAUCAUCAUGGUCCCAGAUAUCCCGGACGAUCACCUCUCAAGUAUUAUUGAGCUAAUCAAGAUCAUUUCAUUAGGCGAGCGGGACUUUACUCGCAUUAUGAUUGAGAUCAUAUCAGAUAUACGAGAGCAAGUGAAUCCUGAAGAAGAUACCGAGGUCAAUGAGUCAUCGCAGAUCCCCGCCACUCCAUCGAAGCGUAUGCGAAUGAAUAGUGACUCUGCUAGCCCUAAACCAAGCACGUCAGGGGCUCCCGAGGAAGAAUUCGACCCUGACGUGAUACAAAAGAUGCUGAUCCAAAUCAAAUGUUUGAAUAUCUGCCGAAAUAUGUUAGAGCGUAGUGAAGAGUCACUACAAGAAAAUUCAUCCAUGUAUGGCCUGUUGAAUGAAUUGAUCAUUCCAUCUGUGCAAAGCAAGGAAGUUGUAUUAAGAGAAGAAGGAUUGCAUUGCCUUGGACUUUGCUGUUGCUUGGACAAGACGUUAGGUCUUCAUAAUGUCCCACUGUUCAUACAUUGCAUCAAGAACGGUCAUACGGAACUACAACUUAAGGCAUUGAUGAUUCUAUUCGAUGUCAUCAUGACUUAUGGAUACAACACUGUAGCACCGAAAGCAGGCGGAGACCAAGAACUUCGAUCCUUAUUUCAACAUAGCUUAGACCACGAAAAUGCUGAUGUUCAAGCAGUCACCGUUCAAGGGAUUUGCAAAAUCAUGCUUUGUCGCAUGUUCAAAGAUGCUGAGAUAUUAAAAUUGAUGAUACUGCUCUAUUUUUAUCCAUCCACGGUGGACAACCAAAAGUUACGACAAUGCCUAAGCUACUUCUUGCCGGUCUACUGCUACUCUUCAAACGAUGUACAGCCGCUGAUCGUCUCGGUAUUCGUUCCCGCUUUGAUACAUCUGCUCGGCACUCACAGUGAUCUCGAAUCAGACGAAGAAAUGGUUCCACCAGCUCAGAUAGUGCAGGUCAUGUUGGAUUGGACGGAUCCACGAAAGAUCUCAGUACCUAGCGUAUUGAACAACCCCGAAAAACCAGUAGAUAUGGGCGUACAAGCAGAUUUAGCCAUCGACAUAUUGAAAGCCAUGUUUGUUGAGCAUGGACGUAAGUUACCAGUUGCAUCACAUUGUCAUCCAUUUCUUGACCUGUUAACUCUUGUAUCAUCAGAAACCCGCAAGGUAUUGUGCCAGAUUCUCCCCAAGCUCUAUAUCGACGAAGCUGGAGAAAGUCGCUUCAGAACCAUGACAUUGUUGAGUGGCAAUCUAGAACACGUAAGACGCACUUGUAAUACUCAACCCCUGCGGUCCAUAAUACUGAUCUUUCUGUUCUCUAGAAAAACCCAAUCAACGAUGCUUUGACACGUAAUGCAUUCAAUCGUUUUAAUAAGGGCCUACUGGCACAUUUCAGCGAGUCGGCGGAAGCAUUGGAUGAUGAGGAAUUAGCAAAACUGCACAACUAUGAGCAUGUGCUCGAAUUCAUUCACACUGCACAAGAAGAAUACGUAGAGCCGUCAUCUGUUGCCGAUACGCCUAUUGGGCCUAGAA